AUGUCUCAACCGCAGAGCUCGGCAGAAACGGUCAAGACCCGCAUCCUGAUCAUCUCCGACACGCACACCGCUCCCCUCGUCGACCCCAGCGGGAAUGAUGAGCCGGGGCUCGAAGUCGCGUUUCGGGCGCCACUGCCUGCGGCCGACGUGCUGCUGCACUGCGGCGACCUCACCAUGAUGGGCUACCUCGACGAGUACGAGGGCGCGCUCGACAUGUUGGGCUCCAUCGACGCCCCGCUCAAGCUCGUCAUCGCCGGCAACCACGACCUGAGCCUGGACGAGGAGUUCUACCUGGGCCAGAGCCGCGGGAGGCCGCACACGAUGCCGUUCCCGAACGGGCAGCGCAUGCACCUGAAGAAGUAUGACCCGGACAUGCCGAGGAAGGCCAAGGAGAUGUGGACGGGCGAGAAGGCCAAGGCCAAGGGCGUGACGUAUCUCGAGGAGGGCGUGCAUGAGUUCGUGCUGCAGAAUGGCGCGAAGAUGACCGUCUACGCCUCCCCGUGGCAGCCCGAGUUCUGGCAGUGGGCCUUCAAUUACGACCACGACAAUGACCGCUGGAACCCCCCGCAUCUCUCCGCUCCGGACGCCGUCAACGUCGCCGUCAACCCGCUUCCCGAUCACUUCCCGCCCGGUGCUGUUGAUGUCGUGAUGACGCACGGCCCGGCUAAGAACCGACUGGACAUGACGAGCUCCAAGCUCGCAGUCGGCUGUCCUCACCUGUUGCGCGCCGUGGAAAGGGCCAGGCCUAGGCUCCAUGCGUGGGGCCACAUCCACGAAGCUUGGGGCGUAGAGAGGGUCGAGUGGCCGGAUCGCGAAGAUGCGGCGACGGCGGGGGAAAAGAAGCCCAUGAAGAGAAUCGAUGAGCUGGUGAAGAAGGCUACGGAAUACGAGUUCGAUGAAGACGCCAUGAUCAAGAACCAUGCCGCAUUCGUCGACGUCAGUAACAGUGGAGGUGCCCCGUUGAGGGUGGGGGAGGAGACGGUGAUGGUCAAUGCGAGUAUCAUGGAUCUGUCGUAUACACCGAGCAAUGCUCCAGUGGUAGUCGACCUGGAGCUGCCGAAGGCCAAGGCGUAA